CCCAAUCGAAUCUGCAAGACUUGCGAGCGCACCAAAGAACAUUCGAAGGCGCAUACUGGAGAACUGCUUUAUCCGCAUUUUCAAUGGGACUUUUGAUACUCAAAGUGUUUACUAUCGAAUUUUACCGAAUUGCUCUAGUUUUUUUCACAUUUGGCACUUUGAUGGUCGUAAUUGCUCAUAUCCGAACUCGAAGCUGCGUAGAUGUCUAUAAUCAUGAAGUCCCCUUCAAGACAAAUGGAAAUAUAGUACUCUUAAGCUUUGUAACCACUCUAUUCACCUUUAUGGUUUUAUUUAUACUGAUCUAUAGACUGGAUUCAUGAAAAGGGGGUGCAUGAACGCUUUAGCCGCAGUUCUCAUUGGUUAAAAAAAUAAACCCCAGCUGACUAC